ACAGCUCGACUCUUCCUUGCCAGUUUGGCUGGGGCUCAGUGUAGGCGGCACGGUUAAUGUCAGCUCAGCUGAUAGCCUUAGAUACUUUAUAUAUAUUUCUGCAUGUCGCGUAACAUGUAGCUAACGUAAGUCAUUACAGUUAACUCGCUUAAAUCGUCGGGUUUCUAUUUGGCCAAUAUUAGCCGGCUAAUUAAGCUAGGUUAACUUUGCUAGUUAGCUUUAAGUAACAUUAGCUAAGGCUUGUAUUCUUCGAACAGCACAGGUAUUUUAGGUUUAACGUUAUAUAGACCUGAAAAGAGGAUGCUGGAGUCAAUUAAAGUUACAGAAAGACUCCACUGGCCAGAAGUAGAAAUGUCCAAAAAGUACAUUUUAAACUCUGCUGACAAGGCACUUAGUCCAAGCCAAGUAUACCUGGAGAAGAUUUCUUCCAGUGUUCUCAAAGACCUCUUCAGCACUGGCUCCAGCAGCUACAACGUCCUGCUGCAGGCUAAGGAGGAGGAGGAGGAGGAGGAGGAGAAGAGUCAGAAGCAGUCCCCGUACAAAAGGCCAAAAACAUUGGUGAAAUGUGGCGCCACAUUUAGUAGAAGAAACCGCCCAGGCAUGGCUCCUAAAAAGUUGCGUGCAGCAGAAGGUAAUGGUAAACCUGCACAGACAAAUUGUGUUCUCUCAGGCAACUCCAAUCUGUCAAAACCAGCACGGAACAUUGCAGUAGUGGGAAGCACCAUGGGCCUGAUCCCUCGUACAGUUCCGCAGCUCAGAAAGAUGUACAUCCCCAAUUCCCCACGCACUAAACUUCCCUCGUUGCACAAAGCAGCAAUCACACGGGAAGUGGAAAAUGCUAAGAAGCUCUGCAUCCUUACAGCCAUAAAGCCGUCUAAUGUUGAGAAAGAGAAGGCCAAGUUUUUCAAGUCUGACUUCAACUAUAAUCCACAGUUUGCAUACAGCAACCCGGUUUCUCCACUUGUCCUGGCACGGCAUAACAAUGCCUCAGAUCGCUUCCUGACACAGGCAGUGCACAUCAUGGAGCUUGCCCUGCAGCGAUAUGGCAGCUAUGAGAAGUUUGAACAAGCCACUGGGGGAAACCUCCUCAACAAAAGUCGUAUCUGGCACAACGUCAAGAAAUACAUGGAGAAGGAAGGCUGCUUGGGGGAGAUCGUAGUCCAGGUGACAGACGACCUCCUGUCCAGAGCCUCCAUGACGGUGGUGAACAGCAGACCCACACUGACCAUCAACAUCUCCACUGCCCGAGAGUACUGGCUGGAAGGCAUGCUGAGGCAUGAGAUUAGCACACAUUAUUUCCGUGGCAUAAACAACUGCCACCAGCCAUGGAGCAGCAGCGCGGGUAGGAAGAAGCACAACCUGAAGCCUCUGAACCCCACAGAGGAGGGCCUGGCCAGCAUCCACAGUGUCCUGUUCAGGAAAGACCCCACACUAUGGCGUGCCGCCCUGCUCUACUACACCGUCUACCAGGCCAGCCACAUGUCCUUCUCGCAGCUCUUCCACAAUCUAGGACGCUUUGUCCAGGACCCCAACACACGCUGGGAUUACUGCGUCCGAGCCAAGAGGGGCCAGACCGAUACAGCACAGUCAGGUUGCUUCAGUAAAGACCAGGUCUACCUGGAUGGCAUCCUGAAGAUCCUGAGAUACAGAGACAAGAUCAACUUCCCACUGCUGAUGGCUCUAGGAAAGGUGUCAUUUGAAGACGUGGACCGCCUGAAAGCUCUGGCUCAGAUGGAGAACGUCCGCAUCCCACACUUCAUGCAGGACCAGGCGCGGUACGCCGAGCAGCUGGCGAAAAUCAUGGCGGUCAACCAGCUGACUGACGAGGAGCUCAAGGCCAUCAUCUGAGCCCGCUGCGCUCCAACCUGCACAAACCUGAUCACACCUGAAUAAAAGCUGUCACGCCCCUGCCAGCCACGGCCCGCAUGCCUUAACUCCAUCACCGCGCUUGGUAGCAGUGUGUGAUUUGUGCAGCAUGCUGUGUUACGUGUAGUGUAGAGUUGUGUCAGACAGACAAUGGAAUUAGAAAUCUGUUAUAGCCCAGUCAUGUAUCCACUGACACUGUAGGGAUCACUCAGAGUAUGUGUUGUGUUGUGUUGUGUUUAGGGCUGGAUGUAGUUAAUUUUUCUUCUUUUUUUUAACCAGUGCCAAUACAAUACCAUUAUUGCUGAUCAAUUCAUCAAUUCAUUUGAAAAUGAAUUUCUAUAACAUUUUCCAAGCACCUUUUUACUUGACAGUGACUCUGAUGAUCAGUUUAGUUUGUAGUUCGAUACCCAGUCUUAGGUUUGUGAGUAUAUUCUCUGUAGAUUAUAGUUUUUAAAAGAGAGAUUCAGUAUCCCAUGAUGACCUAAAUUAAAGCCUGACUGAUACUAGAUUUGUAUAGGCUUAAAUUGAUAUUUGAGACUUUAUUUUUAUUUUUUUACAUAAACGCACCACAUGAACAAACGCGGGCGGCGCCUAUAGCGAUAAUCGGUAAUAUAAUAAUACCGUGACCAACAAGACGAACAGAAACUUGUGACCGCCAUUUUUGAAUUAGCAGAUAAACACGAUGGACGCGAUUAAACACCAGCAGUGGUCAGAGCUGCUUUCUUGCACUAUAAGGGCGAGCCGCGCGAACACGGUGGAUCCGACGAGUUCGGAUGCCGAUGUAGGUCCGCAAAGCCAUGAACAUCAGUAGCAAACCAACGUCCGCCAUUGUUGAUGGUGUGUUUGUGUUGGGCGCCGCUGCGCUAACGUUGCUGGGAAAGAAGAGACGUAUACAGUGACGUGAGACCUGGCUCUGUGCCGGCUCUUUAGCCUGUGGAAAAGCAAACCGGUUCUUUGGAGGUUCGUCAGUCGAACCAACUCCGAACCGGCACUAGCUCUAGCUCUGAACCAGCACCUGGUUCUUGUUAGUGGAAAAGGAGUUUAAGUCACACAUGCACACACGCACAACAGCCAAUAGGAGUGCUCUUUUUCUCUGGAAUGGCCUGUGAUUGGCCAAGUCUCCCGUUCCUGGCUAGAUUUUCUAAAACCUGAAAACAGCCAAGAGGAGUUGGAGAAGUCUAGUUUUCUCGCUGACCACUUGAAUUACAAUAUGCUGAAAGAAUAUUAUGGAAUUCGAAAAUAAAAUGCCUACCACAGCUUUAGAUUAUUAUAACAGUUAAAUAAUAUAUUUUACAGUUAAAUAAUAUCAGUUAAUGUCAGUGCUCUGUGGUGGACAAACUAUGUAAUGGUGAGAAAUUUCUGUACUUCAGUUUCUUGGUAUUUAUCCAUCCGCAUUCGUCCAUUGCAUGUCCUGUUGCCCUAAGUAAUCUAGGCUAUUGUUCAACUUUUGCUAACGUAAAAUGGGCAAAACUAGCGAGCCGUGCUAUCAUCACGAUCAUAACCCCAAACCAUCUGAGAAGUGACAUGAACAUUUCUUUUGGAAUUAACACAGGGUGGAAAAUCUGGAUAAAGGUAAAGUUCUUUGACGACUUUUCAAAUACAACUGCCUUACAUUAACGUCACUGCGAUUGAACGGAACAACACUAAAUAACUACAAUGUAUUUUGGGAUGAGGCCAAUUGGGUUGCAAUCGGAUUAGUUUAAAUUAUGUAUUAAUUUGAAUCUAUUCCAAAUGGAAGUGAUAGCCCUAAUGUAUUGGUAUGUAAUAAACUAAAAUAGCCAGUGAUAUCGGAUGUAACGUAUCUUGACAUUGACUGACAUUCUUGGAGACUAUUUAAAUUCUUGUGGACAUGUGCAUGAAUACGGUUAGUUUUAGCAUAAGCCAUCAAAAACGUAUUGAUCUGUUCCUAAUAUAAUAAAUAUUUGUAUUUCUCUCAUGUACCUAAUCUCAUGAUCUAAGUGUACUUACCUAGUGUUUUAUACCUGUCUCUUAAGUGAAGAUAAUGGACACAUUCUUGCACUGUGUUUUCUCUAGUUACCACUUAGGGUUACUACUUUUGAAGUACAUAUGUUGGGCAUAGAAAAUAAAGUUGCUUGAGCAAAAGAUUGUGAGCAGGAUGGUUCACAACAGCUCUGUCUUACUACAGAGACCGAUACCAGAUGAGGUUUAAGUGCUUCAUCAGCAUGAACAGCGUAACACACAGGCCUGCUAAUUACAGCUGAGCCUGUCAGCAUUGUUCUACUGUGCAUGGGCUGAAACGAAAAUGUCCCUGAAGUGUGAAAGGCACUUGUAAUACAGUAUAUUUUGAAGGUGAGUUCCUUACUAUGCUCUAUGAAGCCCUAGUGGUCCAAGCCCUGUUUGACUACUUACACUUUUACACCUUGGAUCUACCUUUUCAACUGCACUGAUAUCAGCAGUUACUGUGUUGGUGUGAUUUAUGGUAUAUAUUUAUGUUUUACAAACCAACCCAAAUGCCUUGUGGUUUUACUGUGAUGAGUUUCAGUGGCAUUAAUACCAAGAUUGACCUAAUGUAGAGACAACAUGUGCAUCUCUGCUUUCUCAAAGACCACUUCAAUGGUACAGUUUAAUUACAUGGCAUUCCUAUGUGAUGUUUUCUAUUUGACUUUUUUGUGAUAUUCGUAAAUAGAAUCUUUAAAUAAAGUGAACUACCUGAAAA